AGGAGCUAGAUAAAUAUGCCCUGCCCAAUGCCCAUGCCCACAAAAGCAUGGCUGCUGUCAAGAGGGAACUUCAUGAUAAGUUUUGGGUGGUCGGUGUACCUCCAGUAGUCUUCUCUGAGGACCCUAUGGUGUCUCUAAAGUCCGAAUUCGAGGGUAUAUUUCGUUGCUACAGCCCAGAGGUUCAGUUUAGCUACAUCAAGCCAUUGUCUCGUGUACUGGUCUCUUAUCCGGAUGAGGAGAGCGGGCAGAGAGCGCUCGAGGGAUUGAAGAAGACAGAGUUUCACGGAGCAGACCUCAAAGUCCAAUCAGUUAAGCCUGUUACUAUAGGAGAAAGAAAAUUAAGUUUGCCGGCUCAAACCAAUAGAUUCUUUAUAUCUCCUCCUAGCUCUCCUCCUGUUGGAUGGGAACCUGUUGAGGAGCCUCCUCCUGUUGUUGACUAUAAUCUAUUAUCUGCUCUCUCUAGACUUAGGAAACCUGGAGAAGCUCAUGAAGUUUUAUCUGGUACAACUGAAGCCCCAAGCAUUGUUGUGAUUGGUUGUGAGGAUUCUGCUGCCAAAGGGACACGCCCAAACAUUUCAUCAGCACGUGCUACUGAGACAAGGAUUCCACGUCCAUCACAAUAACAAUGAGUGUGUAUGGGUCUUCUUUAUAAUGUACAAUUAGAAUCAGUAGAUGGAGCAGACACAAUCUUUUUAUCAUCACUUUUAAUCAUAUUAAUUGUAAUCAUUAUUUUGUACUAUCAUCAUUAAUUGUACUAUCAUCAUUAAUUGUACUAUCAUUGUUAAUUCUAGUGUAGUCUGGUAACUAUUUCUCUCUCUCUAUUAAGUGCAUUCGGCGCAUACAUCUAUGACUCAUUUGUUUAAAUUUUGUUGAAUAAUGAAGUAUAAAAAUUG